UAACCGGAGGACGGCUGUUCUCAGACCCAGAGGUUUACCGCUGUUCAGAGUCUUACAAACUGAGCCUGUACCUUACCGCCGGUGCAUCCCUGUUCAUAUAUGAAACAUAUGUUUUUUUGAAGAGCGAGAACAUUUCCGUUUCCAAAAGCAAGGCAGUCUACGGGUCGUGAAGUCGGUUGUGUUAACCUCUUUUCCCAGGGACGCACAAAAGACGCACUCCCAAGUCCACCUGGAUAGCUGACAAAAGCCGUCCGGUCUGGUUCGUGGUCCAGUGGGGAGAGCCGGGGAGGAAAAAUUAGCGCGAAAGACAAGAGCAAGACAAAAAGAAGACAGGAUGAAUCUCAAGAGUCAUUUGAUUUUCACCCUCUGCACUAUUCAUGGGCUUCUUCUCAAAGGCAUAAGUGGUCAGCACCCUCUGGUUCAGAAUGUCACGGUGACAGAGGGCGGGACAGCAAACCUGACCUGCCGUGUGGAGUCUAAUGACAACACCUCCCUCCAGUGGUCAAACCCAGCACAGCAGACCCUCUUUUUCGGGGACAAGAAAGCUCUAAGGGACAACAGGAUUGAGCUGGUACGUGCAUCGUGGUCAGAGCUGACCAUCAGUAUCAAUGAUGUCACACUGACUGAUGAGGGCAUGUACACCUGCUCUCUCUUCACCAUGCCUGUCAGAACAGCUAAAGCCUACCUGACUGUUCUAGGUGUGCCAGAGAAGCCAGAGAUCGAUGGCCUGACAAAGCCUGCCAUGGAGGGAGACCACAUCACUCUGACCUGCAUCACUCAGGGCAGCAAACCUGCUGCCAACCUGCGCUGGUUCAGGAAUGACAAGGAGGUCCUAGGUGCCAAGGAGGUGAAUGCAAGUGGGAAGACGUUUACAGUACGGAGCUCUCUGCAGCUGCACGUGGACAGAAAUGAUGAUGGAGUGGCCUACACCUGCAGAGUGGACCAUGUGGCACUCUCACAGUCACAACAGCAGGCCACUGAAGUAUUGGAGGUCCACUAUGCUCCUCGUGUGGAGAUCAUCCACUCUCUUGCAGUCCCACAGGAGGGUCAGUACUUAAAGCUGGAGUGUGAGUCCAAAGGAAACCCCUCGCCAGAUCCCGUGAUGUGGACAAAAGAUGGGGGUGAACUUCCUGACCUGGACAGGAUGAUUGUAGAAGGGAGGGAGCUCACCUUUACUUCACUCAACAAGACAGACAAUGGCACCUACCGCUGUGAAGCCAGCAACCACCUAGGGACCAGCAGUGACGAAUACGUACUCUACGUAUACGACGUCCCCACCAUCCUGCCUCCAUCCACCACUCCCCCCCUACAUCCCAUCCUACCAGACCCUACUGAUCUAUUAGGCACCCACGCCUCAGACCCCACAGUCACUGGCAACAGAGAUCCCAACGCUCUGGGGCAGCACGGUACUGACCAUGCCUUGAUCGGAGGAGUGGUGGCUGUAGUGGUCUUUGUCACCUUGUGUUUAAUCAUUGUUCUGGGAAGAUAUCUGGCCAGGCAUAAAGGAACGUACUUGACAAAUGAGGCCAAAGGAGCGGACGAUGCACCCGACGCUGACACAGCCAUCAUCAACGCUGAGGGCAACCAUGCACAUGCGGAAGAAAAGAAAGAAUACUUCAUUUAGACUGCAGAGGGAGCUAUGCGGCUCUCUCCUACCCCUUUCCCUUGUUUUAAUCUCUGUAUCUCUUUUUCUCUCUUUCCAUCUCUCCUUUUUCUUCUCCUCCUCUGACCACUGCCCCAGUCGUGUCAACGAGGAACCCGCAGGCAGUUCAUACAGAGAAGUUCCCCAAAUGUUUUCCUAGUACUGCCUUUUGUUGAACCCAUUUCUAUCAUUAACAUCUUAUUAUUUCUUUCUUUGUCGUUUUUAUUUCUUUGUGGCAGCCGGUUUCACAGGCAGCUUGCUGUUGCUGCUGAAGUUGCCCCCUCUUUCAUAUUUUUCUUCAUCUUUGACAUGAAAACCUGGAAAUCUGUAUAUCUACCAUGACUGCUUCUUACAUGACCUCUUGUUCAUCUUCUUUCCUGUCGCCCUCAAACUAGACACCCAAACACGUACCCCUUUUUUGCUUACACGCAUCCACAAACACAUAUCAUAUCUCACAUCAACACGGUGCCUAAAAAUACAGACGCCAUUGAACUUCUGUCAAUGCCUUCAUGUAUCGUCUGUCAGUAGCAAUGUAAAUGCUUUGUAGAUGGUUAACUGGACCAUCAUUUCAUUGCUUAGCACACAGCUUUUGAUUAUGCAUUGCAUCUUUUUUAUUUGAAUGAAGAUCUGUGCUGUUUACGCCUUAUACAUGUCUAUCACACUGAAUAUGGUACUUUUAGAUGUUCCACCUCCCCAAAAAUCAUCCUUUAAAUAGACUUGUAAUUAAACAGUUGACCCUUGUAAGAUAAGAUGAAGGUUUUUGUGUAACACUGUAGCAAGGUUUGUCAGGUAAGUGUAUAGUAUGAUUUUCAUUAGUAGGGUAGGGGUAUAAGGGUAAUGUGGUAUUGUUUAGAGCAGAGAGUUCACACCAAAAAUAUAUGAAAGAUGCUAGAUGAGGCAUUCCAUCAAAUAAACUCAAUCAAGUAUAUAAAACCAUUUGCUAAAUCUGCUGUUCCUAUGUACUUUUGUCUGUAUAUUCUGACAUCUUCAGUGUCUCCUUGACAGCUUACAGCAGUUUGCUAUUCACAUAAUGGGUUCAGGUGUACAGAAAGAGUCAAUCACUUCUCUCUAAAAGUUGUAUA